GUCCGGGUCUUCGGGGCUCUCCUCCCUCCCUGAGAGUCCAAGUGGCUGCAGCCUGCAGCAGCUCUCACUCAGCUCCCAUUGAACAGCAGUGGACACAUUCACAGCUACUGGAACAGUUGUUGUUGUUGUCGUUGUUGUUGUUGGAGACUCUGCAGAUCCAGGCAGACAGACAUGUUACCAAAGGCUCGUCUGGGGAAGCGUUCCCCUUUCGGGGCGUUGGUGAGCUCCACCUGCCCGGCGGCGGGAACCCAGACCGGUCAGGAGACCGGCGAGACAGCGGCAGGACAGCAGGCCUGCAGCAGAGUCAAAGGUCAUCCCGGGCUGAAGGUGUAUUUUCAGUGUGGAGGAGGAGGUGAAGCUCCAGGUGUGGUGGAUCAGCUGGACCUCAUGCAGACUGACGUUUCUGUCUGGUCUUCAUCUCAUCCUUCCUCCUCCUCCUCAGCGCCUCCGCCCCGCAGCAGAUCCGUCUCCUCCUGCAUCGACGUCCCCAGAAGUCAGAGGAGUCCGGAGGAGGUGGAGAUGGACGAGCUGAUGGCAGCGAUGGUUCUCAGCAGUUUGUCCUGCAGUCCUCUGCUGCACAGCCCCGCCCACCCAGACGCAACAGCUCCUCCGAUGGACUGUGGAGGCGGCGAGCUCUCCGACAGCGGCAGCAGCGGCUACUGGAGCGUCGGCCAUAGAAACAGAAGCCCCACCCCCUCUCCACCAAUUGCAGAGCCCAACGCCAGCCCGGCCGUGCCCCCUGACGAAGGACUGGACAUGGAACUGGAGCAGGUGCUGUUCGACGAGCCGGCGCCACGUAAACGCAGGAACUCAGUGAAGGCGGCUUACAGGUGUCUGUGGCCGAGCUGCGGGAAAGUGCUGACGUCCGUGGUGGGAAUAAAACGUCACAUCCGGACAACACACCUGUGCCGCAGCAGCGAACACGAGCGUUGUUCCCGCAGCGAGGAGGAUUUUUACUACACCGAGAUUAACCGACGGCAGCAGCAGUCUCCUCCCCCUCCGCUCCUCUGUGACCCCGCCCCCCUCUACUCCUCCCCCGCCUCGUCCCCGUCCUCCUCCUCACCUCCCAGCCCUCCCCCUCCCUCCCCUCCAUCUCCCCCCCUUCAAGCCUAUGCCGCUCUGAGUCGCUCCGCCCCCUCCUCCACCAUCAGCCUACUGCAGGUCCAAUCAGAGCACUCCUACCAGGCUCCACCUCCCGGUCAUGUGAUAUCAGCAGCACCUGCGAACACACCCUCCUGUCCUCCGGUGGCCCCGCCCACCAGCUGCCUCAAACAGGGUUUGGCUUUUCGAGUGCGUUCGGUCAGCGUAGGAGAGCAGUGGCUGCAGCAUCAGAGCGCCCCCUGCAGGAGGAUUCGCGGUGAAGCCAAGAAGUGCAGGAAGGUUUACGGCAUCGAGCACAGAGACCAGUGGUGUACGGCGUGCCGCUGGAAGAAAGCCUGCCAACGCUUCCUCGACUGAACACAGGAAGAACGCGGACUGAAAGACGGGCUGCGAACUUCAGCCUCACCUGGUGGAUGUUUUCUAUUUUCUUACGUCUGAAACCAGAAAUAUUUUUUGUUUUUGUACUCUUUCUACUUUUUGUUGUUUUGAAUGUAUUUUGUAGAUGUUGUUUCCUGUCGGUGCUUUUUUUCAUGACCAUGUUGAGGCAGCUAUGAUGUGACCUUUGACCUUGACGCAGCCGAGAGAGUUCGUUUUUGCGUCCGGCCCGACUCUCCUCAGCUGUUCUUAACAAAAACAAAAAAAAGAAAAAAAAAAAGACAGCAUUCGCUAACCGUGGAAACUCUCAGUGCUGACUGAACACCAGCUUUUAUUCAGAUUUAUGGAUCAAAACACGAGUCACCUUUUGCUACGGGAGCCCAACAAGGACAAAAAGACUGUGUUCCUGUUUAAGAGUUGAUUCAAAAAGAAGUUUCUCAUCUUCCUGUAUGGCUGUAACUCCUCCGACAAGCUGCAGGUCGUUUGUUAUCAGCAUAAAUGAUGAGAACGAAAUGAUUCAUGAAAGUGUCUCCCAGUAUUUCUUCACCUGAACAAUAUGAGGCACCUUAGUGACUAAAACGUUUUUUUAAUCUGUAAAUAAAAAGGAAGCAGGUGCUGGUUUACUGAGCACAUCUGGAAAAUUACAUCCACCUGUUUGAUUUAAGCUCGUCCAGCGUCUCGUCGGUGCUGUUCAGGCCUCUGGAUUAACCCACAUUUUGAAUCAACACGUUCUCACUCCCGACUCGUCACAUAUUGACGCUUGGUCGAGGCCCUUAGGCGUCACUUUUUAACGCCCUGGGUGCCCCGUUAGCAUCAUUUCUAGACGUUUAAGUCUCCGCGGUCAAGUUAGCAAUGCUUAGCAACAACAAAUAUGCAACGUCCGGUUAGACUUUGAAAAUAAAACACUAGCAUUACGAAACAUUGCUAUUUUGAAACGGCGCGUUAUUAAAGUUGUGAAACGUUUCAGUUUGGUUCGGUUUAGGCACAAAAACUACUUGGUUAAGGUUCGAAAAGAUCAUGGUUUUGAUUAAAAUAACUACGAACGUCAGUAAAUUGCAUUUACGUGUUGUAAACGCAAUUUACGUAACUUAAAUAAAAAUAUUUAAUGUUGA